ACGCCGUUUUGAACUAAAUCACUUUAAAACAAACUCUGAAAUUGAAUCCAUCACAACGGGGAUUCCCUCUCCAUAGCGAGGCCUUCCUCACUUCGGCCAUUUCCCUCUGCAACUUACUAAUUCCUCAAGACUUGUAAGCAGCUAUUUGCAUUGAUUGAGCAUCAUGGAUGGUAAGAAAAUUCCUUUCAAAGUGGGCCAAAUUGCAGAGGCAAGAACUUUUGAUCCAGGUUUUCGUGGUGCAUGGUUUCGUUGUAAGAUUAAGGAGGUUAGCUGGAAAAAGCGUGAUGUGAGGUAUGCCUUGGAAUACUUUGACUUUCCUGAUGAAAAGGUAGAAUGGACACACCUUUACCGAAAGACUGGUAAAUCUAAGGGUGCAAAAUUGGUGUUGCGCCCUAGCUUUCCUCCUGUUUAUCGUGAAAGCCAGUUACCUGAUAUCACUGCUAGCUCAGACGUGGUAGUCAUUGUGAAUGAUGCCUGGAAGGUGGGAGAUUUAGUUGAUUGGUGGUCUGAUGAUUGUUAUUGGUCUGGCAGGAUAAGUGAAAAGAUAGGGAAUGAGAAGUUUCGGAUUAAGUUGUUUCCACCUCCUGCUGGUGAAGGGUUAUCUUAUGAUGCCUCCUGCAAAGACUUGCGUCCUUCCUUGGAUUGGACUCCAGAGCAUGGUUGGACAGUGCCUAAACCUAUGGUGCCUCACUUGAACCACUGCAGUUUUCAUGGGAGUGAAGACUGCAACCCCUGUGCUCGGUUAGUCAAACCUGUGAAUCAAGCAGCCUUUAAAAACUUGACAGCUAAUUCUGUUGAUGAAGGGGAAAAGGACCUUAAUACUGCACUUUCUUCUCAUACAUCAGCUAGUCAUUUGCAACCUCCUGAUGUAUCAGAGCAAGAGGCAAAAGACCCUGCUGUAUACAUGGAGACACAAACGCUAGAAAUCAAGGACUUAAGAAAUAGUGGUAGUGGCAAAACUAGUUGCUCAGAUAGUGUUUCAACUUUACAAAUUGGAGAUGCAUCAACUGAAGUUGCAGGGGAUAUUGAAGGGAAAAACAGCCACUAUGACAGUGGUCCACCAAAGAAGAUGAAAACUGAUGGAAGCAUUUCCUUGAACUCCAUGUGCUCUGACACCAUAGACGCUAAACUUUUGGACUUGGAGGAACUGGUAAACCGGGUCAAAUGGAUCAAGGAUAUCUUCGAGUUUGGGUUACCUUUGCCAAAUUCUGUGCGCCCUUCUUGGAAGUUUGUGGAACACCGGGCUUCAUCCUUGCCAAAAUGAAUGCAUUCUGCAAAGAGUGUAUUGCCACAGGAGGAGCAUGAGAACAUGUGGGAUAAAUAAUGUGAUCAAUUUGCUUUCAGUGAACUAGUUGUUGACCCUAUUUUUAAAUAGGUUGCUGCUGCACGGGCUACCCUUAUGGUGCGGCUGUGUAGGGCUGAACAUAAUUGAGCCUAGUGGAGUUCUAGAAUGAUCAAGCUCAUCUCACUUUUUAUCUGUUCAUGAUAAGCUUAAUUUGGGCUCAGCUUGAAUCUGUGAGCCAGAGCUUUGCUUGUAAAAAUCUGGCAGAGGUCAUUUUAUGGCUUGAGCCACCACAAAAAAUACCGUUAGUCAGAUUUCUAAAUUUUCCUACAUCUCUCAUUUUCCUCUGAUUGGGGAUCAAGAUAUUAGCAUAUUUGCUAGCUUGGCUGGACUUGUAAACUUGAGUAAUAAAACCCUGGAUUGCACUGGAUCAACGCAAGAAAAAUAAUUUUAUUUCCUUUCUACUUGUAUUCUAUUGUUAAGUCUAACAUUUUGGUGUCCAGGAUUUCAUUGGAUCAAUGUUCUUGGAACCUGAUGUCUCUGUUAUCAUGCUCUUUUUUCUUUUACCCUGCUUGCUAGAUUGAUGCUAUCAGAUGAUGGGUAGCUGAGAUAGGUCAGUGAGCUGCUUAUGUUCCUUUAAUUUGCUUUUCUCUAGUGUUCUCUACUACAUUAUGUAUCAGACUGACCUGUGAGCCUUAAUUCUAUCGGGGAAUAAUGAAGAAGAGGAUUGGAGCUGAUUAGAAUUUCAUGGAUACUGCAUGAUUCACUCGAAUGUAUCUGACAUAGUUGUUGAGAAUGGAUGUACUCCCACGGACAAUGUAGACCGGUAGUCUCACUUUUAUUGUUGGUAUUACUCGUGUCAGGCUGCUACAAGCACUCUCGAUGUAUCGCAUGGAUUACGAGGAAGAACUGUUUUAGUUAGAGCAGAAAGAUUUGUAAUUAAUUGAACAAACUUGUAAAGCUUUUUAUGCCUCCUCUUUAUACUAGUGAUCUGGUGUUCUCUUCCUUUGAUUGCAUUCUAUUUCGGUUUGCAGAUAAAAGUUGAGAUUAAACAUAAUAUUUGUAACAGCAUUUUGUAUUCUAUAUGAGCAAGCAUCAUUUUCAAA